GGCGGUGCUCGGCCCGGCUCGGCUGUGAGGCGGCUGCAGCGCCCUGGGGUUGUGCGGGUCGUUGGAGCCCGCUGCGGAGAUGGCCAACAUCGCGGUGCAGAGGAUCAAGCGAGAGUUCAAGGAGGUGCUGAAGAGCGAGGAGACGAGCAAAAAUCAAAUUAAAGUAGAUCUUGUAGAUGAAAAUUUUACAGAACUAAGAGGAGAAAUAGCAGGACCUCCAGACACACCAUAUGAAGGAGGAAGAUAUCAACUAGAAAUAAAAAUUCCAGAAACAUAUCCAUUUAAUCCUCCAAAGGUGCGGUUUAUCACCAAAAUAUGGCAUCCUAAUAUUAGCUCAGUUACUGGGGCUAUUUGUUUGGAUAUCCUAAAAGAUCAAUGGGCAGCAGCAAUGACUCUAAGGACAGUGUUGUUGUCACUGCAAGCACUCCUGGCAGCUGCAGAACCCGAUGAUCCACAAGAUGCAGUCGUGGCAAACCAGUACAAACAAAAUCCAGAAAUGUUUAAACAGACAGCUCGGCUUUGGGCACACGUGUAUGCUGGAGCACCAGUUUCUAGUCCAGAAUACACCAAAAAGAUAGAAAACCUUUGUGCUAUGGGCUUUGAUAGGAAUGCAGUAAUAGUGGCCUUGUCAUCAAAAUCAUGGGAUGUAGAGACAGCAACAGAACUACUUCUGAGUAACUGAGCCAUGUGUAGAGAACUGCUUCUGUAGGCCAGCUUGCCCCUUCUUGAGGAGCGUCACCAUCUCUUAUUUUUAGGUUUCUGUAUAGAUUCUCUUUUAAAACCGGCAUUCUUGCCUGAUGCUAUCUAGGCACUAUUGGAGACUGAAAAAAACUGCUCUGUAAAUAAAGCUAAUUAAAUGUCUGUGUAAAUUAAAAAAAAAGAAAGAAAAAAAAGGGGGAAAUACUUUAAUUUUUUCUUACUAAAUAUUGUAAAUUCCUUGAGCUUGGCUAAAACAAUGGGGAUAAUAUGCCUACUUUAGUGUUAGCAGUGUGACCAAGACUAGCAGGAAUUUGCGUCAAGGUUUUGACUUUAAGAAUUAUUCAGAACACAUCUGAUUGUGUCCAUAGUCAUCAGUCGUUGAUGUCACUCAUCCCAGCUACCUUACCGUUUUAAAAAAUGGAUCCUAUGUGCCUGUGGACUGAUCUUAUAUUUGCAUGCUUGUACUAUACUUAGACACUAAAAAAGAAAAAGGAAAAUAGGGUAAAUUGAACAGAGCACCAUUUGAAGUACUUGAGUAUUCAUUCUAGUAACUUUUCCUAAGACUUUCCAGAUGUGCUCAUAGAUCAAAAUGACAACCUACUCAAAAACAUUUUCGCCACCUGAUGAAUAGAAAUCCUGCAUAUCUUCCUCCCUUUCCUCCCAUUCCACCUGUGCACACACACACAACAUCACCACAAUAGAACCUCUCCAGAAUUUGUGGGUAUGUGCCAUUUAAAGUAGUCUAGUUUUCCACUUCAAGUGGUAUAUUUUGAAUAACUGGUAAAAGUGUUUCAACCAUUGUAAUUUCUACACGAUUGUAUAAAGGUUUGGUAUAUUUGGACAUAGCACAAACAAGUGGAGCUGCUCUUUUGUUUCUUAUGCAGAAAUCAAACCUCUUUCAAUAAAUUCUGGACAGAAUGAA